AUGGAGAACUUCAUUCUGUAUGAAGAGAUUGGAAGAGGAAAUAAGACAAUUGUUUAUAAAGGGAGAAGAAAGGGGACAAUAAAUUUUGUUGCUGUUCUUUGCACUGAGAAAUGCAAAAGAGCUGAAAUACUAAACUGGGUUCGCUUGACUCAUGAAAUCAGACACAAGAAUAUAGUGACACUUCAUGAAUGGUAUGAAACAAGCAACCAUCUCUGGCUUGUAGCAGAAUUAUGCACAGGUGGUUCUCUAGAAUCUGUUAUUGCUCAAGAUGAACAUCUACCUGAAGAUGUAGUGAGAGAAUUUGGUAUUGACUUGAUUACUGGUUUAUACUAUAUCCAUAAGCUUGGAAUUAUCUUUUGUGAGUUGACACCUGGAAAGAUUCUGCUGGAAGGGCCUGGCACUUUGAAAUUCAAUAAUUUUUGCUUGGCUAAAGUGGAGGGUGAAAACUUGGAAGAAGUCUUUGCUUUUGUUUCAUCUGAAGAAAACGAAGGAGAUAUCAGUGAAAGAACUCCACAAAGACACCUCAAAAGUAUAUUUCAAGGGUCUCCACUAUACACAGCUCCAGAAGCAAUAAGGGGAGAGGACUUCUCCAAAGCCAGUGAUCUGUGGUCCUUGGGAUGCUUACUUUAUGAAAUGUUUUCAGGAAGACCACCAUUCUUCUCAGACAGCUUUCCUGAAUUAAUUGAAAAGAUUUUAUAUGAAGAUCCAAUGCCACCUAGACCAGAGGGUUCUGCUUUUCACAAACCUUCUGCUGAGUUCAUACGUUUGCUUGAUGGCUUGCUUCAAAAGGACCCUCAAAAAAGGCUGAGUUGGACAGACCUAUUGCAGCAUCCCUUCUGGAAAGGACUGCUUAGCUGUUGUGGUGGUGAUUCUGCAGACAGAGAAGGCACAAGCUCAAGUGAAGACACAGAGUCAUCUGUGUCUUGGAGUGCCAAAGAGGCAAUGGAUACUCAUAAAAAUCUAGAUGACCUGUCAUCUUCAAGAGUAAAUAAUAAGAUACCAAGCAGUUCUUUCAAAAUAGUAGAAACUCAGACUGAAUUGCACCCAAAAAGUUCAGUUGAUGGUGAACUAAAUGAAUCAAGAUUUCUUCUCAGUUCUCGUCCCACAUCUAGAACUAGCAUUGUAGUAGAAGUGAGUGAUACUACUACUGCCCCAAUUAAAAAUUCUCCACAAAGAGAUUCAUGCUUGAAAAAGGCUAAAAAUAUGUGCUCAAGUCAGCAGGAUAUGGAGUCAACAUUGAAAGAGCUCAUUUACACUGAAUCUGAUCUUAUCAUAACACCAGUCAUUGACAAUCCAAAGAUAAUGAAGCAAGUGCCAGUUAAAUUUGACUCGAAAACUUUACAUAUACCAACAUAUUCAGCUGAGAAGUUAUCAUCUAUGAAAGACAUGGACUGGAAUGACUACUUGCAACGAGUAUGUUCACUGCUUGGUUCCACUGAGAAGAAUACAGGAGCAGCACGGUCUAAACUGAACUUAUUGUACUAUCUGUGUACUGUGGUUGUCCAGAAAGAAGUUGCAAGCAGGCUAAUUGGCUCUCAGCUGUUUCCUAUAUUGAUACAACAGCUGCGUGCAGCUGCCAGCUGGGAUAUACGUGCCAGAGUUGCUCGAGUGAUUGGUUUACUGGCAUUACACACAUCUGAACUUGAAGAAAAUGUACCUGUUUCUGAGGCAAUUAUACUUUUAACUGAACUCAUCAGAGAGAACUUCAGAAAUACCAAAUUGAAGCAAUGCCUUUUACCAGCACUUGGAGAACUUCUUUAUCUCAUAGCCAGCAAGGAGGAAAAAGUGGAGCACCCCAGAGAAUGUUGGGUUGUUCCCUUAGCUACUUACACUGUGCUAAUGAGGUGUCUUCGGGAAGGGGAAGACAAGGUAGUGAACCAUUUGGCAGCAAAGAUAAUUGAAAAUGUUUGUACUACUCUCUCUCACCAUGCAAAAGGAUUUAUUACAGCAGAAAUUGGACCUGUCUUGUGGUACCUUUUCACACAUUCUACAAUAGAUUCUUUGAAGAUAACUGCUGUUUCGGCUUUAUGCAGAAUUACUCGUUGCUCACCUAAUGCUUUCCAGGGUGUCAUUGAAAAAGUGGGAUUAACAGCUGUACUGAAUUCCUUAGCAAAUGGAAUAUGCAAAAUUCAGCAGUACAUGCUCACCAUGUUUUUGGCAAUGUUGUCAUCUGGGAUUCAUCUACAGAGGCUGAUUCAAGAAAAGGGUUUUGUGACCGCAAUUAUUCGUUUACUUGAAAGUCCUUCGAUUUUUAUUCGAGCAAAAGCCUUUCUGGUCCUGCUGCAAGUUUUCAUUAAUAACAGGGAGAUGUUGCUACUCAGUUGUCAAGCAAGACUCGUGAUGUAUAUUGAAAGAGACAGGAGAAAGACCACACCAGGAAAGGAGCAGCAAGAUGGCAGUGAAUACCUGUCAAAAUGCCUUCAUCUUCUCAUCUAUCACAUUGUGCGGGAGCUGCCAGGAAUUCUAGGUGACAUUCUUGCUGCUUUAACUAAUGUCUCUGGACGUAAACACCCAUCAACAGUUCAGGCCAAACAGCUGAAGAUGUGCCUUCCUAUGAUGCCUGUAGUGCUUCACCUUGUUACAUCCCAGGUGUUUCGUCCCCAGAUAGUCACAGAUGAGUUUCUUUUCAACUAUGGGACCUUACUUAAUUUCAUCAGAUCAAUAGACUCAGGAGAAACAAACUUGGAUGGAGCAAUAGGGCAAGCUGCAUCAGAAAAGUUGAUUAAGACUACUUUAUCAACCUUUGAAGCAAUAACACAGCAUCCUGUCUUGUUGACAAUUCAUCACUUGACUGUUAAAGACUGUAUCCUCCCACCACUAGUUUCUUUGGUCCACAGUCAGAAUGUGGAAUGGAGACUCCUCUGCUUGCGGUUGCUCUUGGAAACCACAUCACUGCUUUUAAGCCACGAGGUCAUGGCUGAAGAGAAAGGGGAGAGCCUCGACUCAAACAGCAAGCUUCUGUCUCUUGUUAGAGAUUCAUUGCUGCCUCAGUAUGAGCAGCUUCUAAUGGCUCCAGACCCAGUACCAAUACAUGCACUGAAACUCUUGGUGGCCCUGACUGAACACAGCCCUGCUUUUGUGAGCCUUGUGGAAGAAAUCCAUCUUUUUCCAGUUGUUUUGCAAGUCAUAUUGGAACACCAAGACAGUAUCCUCGGGAAUACAAUGCAAACUGCAAUUGCCUUACUGAAUAACAUGGUUGCUAGCAAAAGCACAAACAUGAGGUUACUCUUGGAAGAAGGACUGACUCGUCACGUAUGUAAUCUCCUAAUAGAAACCGUGGCUCUGUACUUGGAGGCAAAUUACAAAAGCAGCACCAAAACUGCAAAUGCCCUGCUUCUGUCCUUGCUUAACAUUUUGCACUGUAUGCUGAUGUACACAGUAAACAUUGUGCGCCAGACUUUACAGGCACAGAAAUCUGGCACAGGAGGGGACACGCAGGCUGCUGAAGAACUUCUGGUUAUCAAUAAACCCUUGGCCGAUCUAAUUAGCCCACUUAUUCAGCUGCUUCCCAGUGAAGAGACUGAAGUAUUUGAGAGUGCCUCACAGUGCUUAUUGCUGCUGGUUCAGCUCUAUGGAGGGAACAGCCGGGAGAGUAUGUCUCCAGAAAACAUGGACAGCUUUGCUGAAGUACUGAAGUCUAAAAAAGAUGCACGACAACUGAAACUUUUGUUAAGAGUGCUGAAGAGACUGAUAACUUCAAACGAGAAGUGCUCAGGGAGCCUGAAGAAUGGUGGCGAUGCUCUUAUCCAAACUCUAGAGAGCCUGGCCCAAACUGCCAGGUGAGUUCCCUCAGGCUUCCAGGAAUUUCCAGGGCUGAGAGCUCUCCCCUCCCCUUUUGUCUGGGAUGGUCUUCUCCUGAAGGCACUAGACUUUGAGGAAGGCGGUGGCCUCCUCUGCAAGAACGGAGGUGCUAGUCCCAACAAGCUGCCAAACCUCAGCUCGUCUCCUGUAGGAUUUCCCUCAUCUAGUCCCCCUUGGACAUAUGAAUGA